AUGCCCAUUGAUCCUUCAUGCCUCUUCUGUCAAUCUGGAAUUGAGACUCUGCAGCAUAUUUUUAUGGAUUGUCACUUUGCGAAACAAGUUCUUUUCGCGUCUCCCAUAGGCUACCGUAUCCCCAUCUGUCUUGACGUGAACUUUUGGAUUCAAUCUGUUCUAGAGGGCAUUGAUGUCCAUAGUGUUCAGUUGUUCUGUGCCUGCCUCUACAAAAUCUGGGCAGCUAGAAAUGUAGUGGUGUUCCAAGGAAAAGCUGUUUGCCCUAUUGCAGUUGCAGGUGGUGCUUUUGAUUGUGCGCAGGACUUUGUUAGAUGGCCUCCAGACCCUGAUGGGAAAAAUCUGUCUUCAUCUGCGAGGAGUGCUUUUUCUUUCCCCCAGGAUGUCUAUGUCGCUCAAGUGGACGCUGGUCUCACGGAGGCAGGCGAUACGGUGUUUGGUUGUACCUUUAAGGAUCCUUUCGGCAAGAUGCUGAUGGCUGCCAGCAAGAAGGAACAUAUCCUGGUCGAUCCUAGCAUUGCAGAACUCUUGGCUAUUAGGUGGUGCAUUCUCUUAGCUGCUGAUCUUAAGAUGAAUAAGAUUGUGUUCCAAUCUGACGCGUUGGUGGUGGUAGAUUGUAUCAAUUCCAUCUCUUGUAAUGCCUCCCUCGAUCCUAUAGCGGCGGAGUGUAGGUUACUUUUGAGUUCCUUCUCUUUUAGUUCUGUUAUGUUUAUUCCUAGGGUCUGUAAUUCUGAUGCACACAAUGUUGUGUUGCUUGGUAAGGCUUAUGGCUCCCGGACCUGGUUAGAUGGGUUCCCGGGAGCGAAUUCUGUAUCUCCGGCUGCUUUAGGCCCUUUGAUCUAA